CACAUGCUUUAGUAACCUAAACUGUUAUGUUAACGUAUUAACAUACGUUUUGGUAGUAUUAGCUAAACUUAUUGCAGGCUUGGGGCAUAUAAUAGCCUCAAUUUUAUUACUUAGCUCUAUAGCCAUUAACCUAUAUAUACAUAUAUGACUCGUUAUGGAGCAAUACCUUUAUUUAUUUAUGUGUAUCACCAACGUUAAUACAGUCAAACUUUACGUUCAACAUGUGAAUACGAUUUUAUUGACACACUCAACGUCAUAACAUUUUCUACAUCUUGUAUAUAUUGCUCGAUUAUAAUCGACAUUUUAUUAUUAUGAUUUCACAUACACAACUACUACGUCGUGUAAUUAGAUAUUAACUUUUCUAUUGUACACUACAAUAUCAGCUGUAUGUUUAUGAACUGCCUUAUCUUAAUACUGAUGGAGAUGAACUAAGAUUGAUCACUUUUACCGUAGUUAUGGACUAACUUCACGUAAUCACGUUCAUUAUUAUUCUUUAAAACGAAAAAAGUCAACGAUAGCGAGCGAAGGGCAUUUAAAAAAUCAUAGAUUUUUGAUAAAUGUAAAAUAAUUGCUAAUACUCCACGGAGUAUCGUUAAAUAAAAGGAAAUGAAAUGAAUAUAAAUAUGCUGUAAGAUGUAGUGUGCAGACUGCGCUUCGACAACCGACCAUGGCAGAUGCAGAACUGUCCCUGCGAAAAUAUCUAAACAAAAUCGCUAGGGAACAUAAAUAUGUGAACCCUGAGAUCACAAUAGAGGAAAUAUCAAGUGGAGGAGCAAACUACACAUCUAAACUAUUCACUGCAGUCGUGAGUGAAGCAGGCAAGGAGGACCUGCAUCUGUUCGCUAAAGUCGCAGCCACUAGUGAAAAUUUACGCAAAGAUAUGCCUGACCUCUAUAAAACAGAGAAGUAUGCUUAUACCAAACUAUUAAAAUUGUAUGAGACCCUGGAAAGGGAAAAUGGAGUACCGGAGAAAGACAGAUUAAUCUUCUGCGAGUUCUACGGGUUCGAUCCCAGCCCAUACAGGGAGAUACUAGUGCUGGAGAACUUGCUGCCGCAGGGCUAUGGACCACACGACAGGUUCCACUCCAUAGACUGGCCGUAUGCUUCUGCCGCAGUCAGAGACCUUGCUAAGAUGCAUGCACUAUCCUUCGCAUUUGCUAAGAAACAUCCUGAAGAGUUUGAGGCAGCAUUUUCUUCUUUAAAAGGGAUUUGGGAGUCGCUACCUUUUGACAAAUUGGAACCAAAGAAUAUAGAGUGUGCAAUCGAGGUCCUCAAUUCCAAAAAUCGGGACAAAUUUAUUAAUUACAUGAAGCGCCGUGAGGUUUCAGUAUUGAACUUGUGGAAGCGCACUGCUUUCAAAGUGAUCUUGCACGGAGAUUACAGAGGGAGUAACAUGCUGAACCGAGUGCGGGAGGUAAGAUUUAUCGAGUCAGCCACCAUAGCCUGCCAUAGUGCACUAGAGGUAGACCUUAGUCUUAACACUUCAUUCUAACUUCCUAUGGCAACUUCCAAUUAAAAGAAACAUGUGUACCCUGUUAUAAGCUCGAUUUCCUUAAUAGUAGGCAAUCUAUUCAGAAUUGCUGUGAAUGUUCUAACUUUCCUUUUAUUUCUAUCUUGAGAUAUAAUAGGCUAAAUUUUUGAACAAGGUUAGAUUUGUGAUAGUUUAGUCUUUAAUUUUUUAUGUGUAUCACCAGCGGGACGCAGUUAAUCUUUACGUUCAUCAUGUGUAUGCGAAUUAAUCUACACAUAUAUGUGCUCAAGGUCAUAAGAUUUUCUAACACUCGAAAAUAUUAGUUGAUUAUUUAUCAACAUACGAUUUCAGAUACUCAACACCAAUAUUGUGUAUACACUGAGUUGCAUUUGGUUUCUACGUAGUCAAAUCAGUGAAGAUGUUCAGCUUAAAUUAUUUUGUUG